CGGCGCCCCCAAGAUGGCGGCCUCCAUGUGCGACGUGUUCUCUUUCUGCGUGGGCGUGGCGGGCCGGGCCCCAGUAACCGUGGAAGUCCGCUUCGUGAGCAGCUCCAAGGGAAAAGGGCUAUUUGCCAAACAGCUGAUCAGGAAGGGAGAGACCAUCUUCAUUGAACGGCCCCUGGUGGCUGCUCAAUUUCUUUGGAAUGCACUUUAUCGCUACCGAGCCUGUGACCACUGCCUUCGGGCCCUGGAGAAGGCAGAGGAGAACGCCCAGAGGCUGACUGGAAAACCAGGCCAAGUUCUGCCUUACCCAGAGCUGUGCACUGUGCGGAAGGACCUCCACCAGAACUGUCCCCAGUGCCAGGUGAUGUACUGCAGUGCAGAAUGUCGCCUGGCAGCUGCUGAGCAAUACCACCAGGUCCUGUGCACAGGGCCCUCCCAAGAUGACCCUUUGCAUCCUCUCAACAAGCUGCAGGAGGCAUGGAGGAGUGUUCAUUAUCCCCCUGAGACUGCAAGCAUCAUGCUGAUGGCCCGGAUGGUGGCCACAGUGAAGCAGGCUAAGGAUAAGGAUCGUUGGAUCAGGCUGUUCUCUCAGUUCUGUAAUAAAACAGCCAACGAGGAGGAAGAAAUUGUCCAUAAACUCCUGGGGGACAAAUUCAAGGGCCAGCUGGAACUUCUGCGGAGGCUCUUCACAGAGGCCCUGUAUGAGGAAGCACUCAGCCAGUGGUUCACUCCAGAUGGAUUUCGGUCUCUCUUUGCUCUUGUUGGGACCAAUGGCCAAGGAAUCGGGACCAGCUCCCUGAGCCAGUGGGUCCAUGCCUGUGAUGCUCUGGAGCUGAAGCCUCGGGACCGUGAGCAGCUGGACACCUUCAUUGACCAAUUGUACAAGGACAUCGAGGCAGCAACUGGCGAGUUUCUUAACUGUGAAGGAUCUGGCCUCUUUGUGCUUCAGAGCUGCUGCAAUCACAGCUGUGUUCCCAAUGCAGAGACCUCCUUCCCAGAAAACAACUUUCUUUUGCAUGUCACCGCCCUGGAGGAUAUUAAGCCUGGAGAGGAAAUCUGUAUCAGCUACUUAGACUGCUGUCAACGGGAGCGCAGCCGCCAUAGCCGCCACAAGAUCCUCAGGGAGAACUAUCUGUUUGUCUGUUCCUGCCCCAAAUGCCUGGCAGAGGCUGAUGAACCCAAUGUGACCUCAGAGGAGGAGGAGGAAGACGAGGAGGAAGGAGAGCCAGAAGAUGCAGAGCUGGGGGAUGAGAUGACUGAUGUGUGAUGUUCUGCCCAGAAGGGGCCCCAUCCUAGACCCUGCUGGAAAAGGAGGUCCUUCCUCCAGAGAAGAGGUUUGGAAGGAAGUCCCCACCCCUGUUGCCUGCUUUUCCCUCAAUCUAGCCCUGUCUCUGCCUGAGCAUAGGACAGAGGAUGGACCCUAGGCCCUCCACCAGACCUCAUGCCCUGGACACUGCUGCUGAGUUGUCUCA